AUGGAUGUGACUGAAGAACCGGCUCAUCUGGAUCGCGACAUGCUGAAGGAGCUGCGGGACUACUGCGUCCGCCAGGAGAUGCCACUGCCCACCAUUGAAAUUGUGGAGCACCGUGGAACUCCUGAAGCCCCAGAAUUCGUGGCCUGCUGCUCCGUCGCUUCCAUAGUUCGCUUUGGAGAGUCGAAAAAGAUAAGUCUUGCCAUACAGAGGGCCGCCGUUGAAAUGCUGGCCGCAAUCUCUGACGACAUGGAUGAGUUGCGACCGGGUCAAAUCAAGGAAGAAGGUACCAAAGUGGACGACGGAUUGGAGUCGGAGCGCAGGAAGAAGUUCAAAACCUACAGGGAGCUCGCAAUAUCCGGAAGCUUAAAUAAUUCGGGUCGGCGCCUCUGCGAUCGCCAUAAAUACUUUCAAAACUUCUAUCCUGCCCUGAAGGAAGCUGCUUUUACAGUCAUUCGUUCAGAAGGAUACGCCAGUUCCAAGGAUAAGGCCCUGAGCCUUUUGGGCGCCUUGAAGAUCACACCCACUAUCAGCUUCUUGAAGUCGAUGUCCGAGGAACCCCUGAUGUGCAUAGAGCUGAAUUGCGACUUCGAUGCGGUCUUUGUUGCUCUGGAGAACGAAAUAUACGACCAAAUGAUCGAUUACCUACGUAUUAUGUUGACUUAA